AUGCUUCUUCCCAACUCCCUUGCUACCUUCGUCCCUCUGGUCGGCCUUUGGGUUGCCCAAGCGUCUGCUGGCCCUGCAUCCGCCGGCCAGUCGUCACCAGGUCUCUUCGACCGGGAGAUUGCCUGUCCUAAUUAUGCCCAAUAUUCUACCUUUGCACAUCGCCCCUUCAGUGAAGGGCCCCUCGCAUUGCCGUACCAGCGACCCGAUCCUCGAUGCCGGACCUUUCAUUCUGACGAGGUGGAACGCGUGAUUCAGGAGGUCACCUCGCGCAUGAAGGAUCCUGAUCUGGCCAGACUCUUCGAGAACGCAUUCCCUUCGACCACCGACACGACCAUCAAGUUCCACACAGACGGCACCGGCGCUAGCGUCAUCGAGCACACGGAACGGGGUCUCAAUGCCGACGGGAAAUGGCAGGGCCCUCACUCUUUCAUCCCCCUCGCCAAAAAGGACCCCGCCAUCUUCAACCUGAUCCUGGGCGCCAUCAACACGCAGGCCGAGUAUGUCAUCGAGUCGCCCUACUGCAACGCCUUCCAGCCGCCGCCCAUCAGCAACCUGCAGCCGAGCGUCAACGGGCAGCAGGAGGAUGUCGUCCACCCGCUCUACGAGGCCACCUCGGUCUUCGAGUGCAAGUACGAGCUGGAUUCUCUGGCGCACUUUCUCGCCCUGGCCAACCGGUUCCACGACAACACGGGGUCGACCAAGUUCCUCAACGACAGGUGGUACGCCGCCGUCGACACGCUCGUCUCCGUGCUGGAGCAGCAGUCGCGGUCGACCUUUGACGCCAAGACGGGCCGCUUCGUGCGCAACGAGUACACCUUCCAGCGCAAGACCGACACGGGCACCGAGACGCUGAACCUCAAGGGCGUCGGCAACCCGCUGAACUGGGGCACCGGCCUCGUGCGGUCGGCGUUUCGGCCCAGCGACGACGCGACCAUUCUCGGCUUCUUCAUCCCCGCCAACGCCAUGAUGUCCGUCGAGCUCAAGCGCACGGCCGCCAUCCUGCAGGCGUCCGGAAAGAAGGACCUCGGCGUCACCCUCGAGAAGUGGGGCAAGAGGAUCGCCGACGGCGUCUGGACCCACGGCGUCGUCAAGCACCGCAAGUACGGCGACGUGUUCGCCUACGAGGUCGACGGCUACGGCUCGCAGAUCAUCAUGGACGACGCCAACUACCCCUCGCUCCUGGCGCUGCCCCUCAUGGGCUUCACCGAGACGACCAACGAAGUGUACCAGAACACGAGGAAGAUGCUGCUGGAGAAGGCGGGCAACCCCUACUACCUCCAGGGGCGCGUCUUCGAGGGCAUCGGCGGACCCCACGUCGGCCUGUCGAACGCCUGGCCCAUGAGCCUGCUGAUCCAGGCGCAGACGUCGGACGAUGAUGCUGAGAUCACAAAGUCUCUGCACCUCGUUCUGCAGUCGGCCAAGCUCGGCCUCGUGCACGAGAGCAUUGAUGUGAACUUUAUCACGUCCUACACGCCACGCUCGAAGAACACGUUUGUGCACACGACUGCGUGGAGAUGA